AAUAGGCACAAAAAAUCUCCACAACCUUAUAAAUCAUACGAUCAGAUAUCUUUUUGGACUGUACUCCUUUUUUAUGCAAACGCAUUACGUAUCUAAAUUCUAAUACUAUUUCACAUCCCCUCUCUCUGAAACCCUUGAAUAAUUGUUGUUCAAUCAUCUCCAUCUGCUAACGCAUGUUGGUCCUUUUGUCUCCUCACCCACCAUUAUUCCAUUUCCAUGGUUAUCAUCUUUUCCACCACGCACAACCACAACUAUUCGUAAGAGUGCAAUUGUCUUUGAUAGACUACUUUGAUAAUGUCACUCAGGAGGCAACUGCAACAAGAUGCCACCCCUCGACCCGAUGGCACCGAUUCUUCGGGGGACAAGCGUCGCCGGAGAGUUCCUCCUCUCAAAAGCGUGAUUGUGGAAGUAAUGAAUAUGCGCAAGGCGCAAAGCUGUAUGGCGCCAGCUUUGGAGCCAUUGCUUCGUCGUGUGGUAAAAGAGGAAGUUGAAUUGGCCCUCAGGAACUACAUGACAAGUAUCAAAAGGAAUUCCACGAAAGGUGUAUACCCUUGUGAAUUUAGAAACCUGAAGCUGAAGUUUUUAGAUUCCAUAUCUCCCCCUAUAUUCACGGGAACUCGAAUAGAAGGAGAAGAAUCCAGCCUGAAGGUUGUACUAGUUGAUGCUCUAACUGAGCAAGUAGUCUCUACUGGUCCUGAAUCCUGUGCAAAAGUAGAAAUAGUGGUGCUUGAGGGAGAUUUUGAUGGUGAGGAAGGGGGCAAUUGGACCGUAGAAGAAUUCAAGAACAACAUUGUGAGAGAAAGGGGAGGAAAGAAACCUCUCCUUAGUGGGGAUGCAUUUUUAAAUCUCAAGGAGGGUAUUGGUUGGGUGGGUGAUAUUUCCUUUACAGAUAAUUCAAGCUGGACAAGAAGUCGUAGAUUCAGGCUGGGGGCAAGGCUUGUCGAUAGCUUUAAAGGAAGCAGAGUAAGAGAGGCAAAGACGGAGUCCUUCAUAGUUAGGGAUCACCGUGGAGAGUUGUACAAGAAGCACCAUCCCCCAUCUCUUUCAGAUGAACUUUGGAGGCUGGAAAAAAUUGGUAAAGAUGGAGCUUUCCACAGGCGUUUGAGCAAGGAAAGAGUCAACACAGUGAAAGAUUUUCUGACUCUACUCUAUCUUGAUCCUGCAAGGCUUCAAAAUGUUCUUGGGAGUGGUAUGUCCACUAAAAUGUGGGAAGUGACAGUGGAACAUGCUCGAACAUGUGUACUUGACAAGAAUUUGUACUUGUACCGACCAUCUGGAUCUAUGCAAUCGAAUGGAGUGGUUUUUAACAUCGUUGGACAAGUGACGGGACUUCUUUCAGAUUGUCAGUAUCUUCCUAUUGAUAAGUUGUCUGAAACUCAAAAGGAUGAUGCUCGUGAUUUGGUCAUUGGUGCAUUCAGACACUGGGAAGGAGUAGUUUCCUUUAAGGACGAGUCAUCUAUGAUGGACUAUGCUUUGCAAUUUUCCACUGUUCAGUUGUCCUCAAGCUCACCCAUGAUGGCCAAUUCUGAUAGCAGCAGUGAUCUUUUGACUUCCCAAAAGGUUAGCAUAUGCGAUUAUCAGCAAUUGAUUGCAUCAACACCUGAUAACUUACCAUCCAUCUCUUCAAUAGAGAGCUUGGAUGAUUAUAUCUUGCAUGAUAUAGACAAGAUGGACGUUGUUAGCUUUGACCAACCAUUGAGUUUUCCUAGCCAAGACUCCAACUCCUUCAUGGACGAUACUGAUUCUUUCACUCCACCUUUCUGUGCGGAUAUGCAUUUUCCUUUCUUUGCCACUGAUUCUUCCCUUCCUGGUCCAACAUCGCCUGAUCUACACAGUAUCAUGAACAGCUUUCUUGCUCAUAAUGAAAUUGUCCCUCUGGAUAAAGCUCAAAGGAGAUGGAAAAUGUUAUUUAGUGUGUUUAGGUGGUUCUCAGUUAGGAGGAUUAUAAAAAGGAAAACCGUUGUUUCUCAAAACAACAAGUGUGUGUUAUACUGAGGUAAGAUCAUCACUAGGAAAUUGCUGCCCGAUGCAUAAUCGUGUGCAGUAGCUGAAUAAGAGUAGACUUUCUUGUUGAUAUGUGUAGGAUUAGCCACUUCUUUAGUUAAGUUCUGAUUCUUUUCUUUUCAAGAAAUUAUUGUUGUCACAAAAUGAUGUCUUUCAAGCUGCCAGCUCAUCUGAAUGAAAAGAUUUUGUAGUUGCUAGGCUGCAGUGUUUGUCUGUGUACUUGUUUAUCAUCUAUUCCAAGGGAAAUGCUACCCACUCCA